GAGGAUUUAUAUGGCAAGACAUGUACCAAUUACAUUUAUGAGGUAUACCUAUAGUUAUAUCUAUAGUUAUAUCUAUAGUUGCAACUUUCUAAAAACCGGAUUUAUUAAACGUAUUUAAAGUCCACACUACCGGCCUUAUGUAUGCGUCUCGGUCGUAUCGUGAUCUGUGGGGUCCCCACGUCCUAGACCUUGGAGUGGUAAAUGAACCGCAAUCGUUGUAACGAUAUUUGUGACUAAGGUGACUAGCAUAAUGCGGAGUGGCAAUCAUCCAUGCGUCAAUUUCGGCUCCAAGCUUUACGCGCAUGUCGGAAGAGGAGCUGGCUAGGCUCUCACAGGGGAAAAUGUAACGCUGGCAUGGGUGGCGGAGUUGAUGGUGGAGCCUUCAUCGGCGGCUCUGUUAUGUCGGUCGUUCUUAAGACUCGGCCUCUGUCCACUAAAAUCGGCCCGUUGUUGAAAAUCGCCGGAGGUGAAUUGAGACGAGGUUCAGUCACUGUCGGCUCCAUGUGAUAGUCACCAGUAACGAUGAAUCCAUAAGAAGACCUGUAUAUCCUGGCUGGGUCUUUUUUCCCUCUUCUCCUUCUUCUUCACUCACCAGGUCUCUUACCCAAUUCGCGUCUUUACUGUUCAGGUGCUCAGUUACGCGUCAGGCGCACCAGCGGCAACCAUGCAGACCCCACGGUCUUCUCUCACUCUCCUCGCUCAGCUGGCUACUCUGGCCCUCUCGGCAACUGUAGAUGACUGGAAAACGCGAAACAUCUACUUUGCUUUGACAGACCGCAUAGCCCGCAGCAGCAGUGAUACGGGAGGUUCAGCAUGUAGCAACCUCUCCAAUUACUGUGGCGGCACUUUCCAAGGCCUCCAAUCCAAGCUCGACUACAUUGCGGGUAUGGGAUUUGAUGCUAUCUGGAUCACUCCUGUUGUGACGAACAGCGACGGCGGAUACCACGGAUACUGGGCUACGGACCUAUACGGCAUCAAUUCUAAGCACGGCACGGCCGCCGAUCUGAAGGCCUUAGUUAAUGCCGCCCAUGCCAAGGGUAUAUACGUCAUGGUCGACGUCGUUGCGAAUCACAUGGGUCCCUCAGCCAUCUCGGGCCACCAGCCAUCGCCGCUUAACCAAGGCAGCUCUUAUCAUUCCGAAUGCACGAUCGAUUAUUCUAACCAGAACAGCGUGGAAAACUGCUGGAUUGCCAACCUCCCGGACGUUAACACGCAGAACUCUGACAUCCGGUCUCUUUACCAGACGUGGAUCAAGUGGCUCGUAACAGAAUAUAGCUUCGACGGCGUUCGCAUCGACACGGUGAAGCAUAUUGAGAAAGACUACUGGUCUGCCUUCUCUGCCGCUGCCGGUGUUUACACGAUUGGCGAAGUCUUCGACGGUAACCCGGCCUACGUUGCGCCUUAUGCUAAGCUCAUGUCGGGUUUGCUGAACUACCCUAUGUAUUACCCGAUGAAUGCCUUCUAUCAGCAGAAAGGAUCGAGCCAGGCGAUCGUAGAUAUGUAUAACACGAUCAGCUCGUCGUUCCCCGAUCCUGCCGCGCUAGGCUCCUUCCUGGACAACCACGACAAUGCCCGAUGGCUAAACACGAAGAACGACAUCUCGCUCCUCAAAAACGCGCUCGCAUAUGUCAUCCUUGCGCGAGGUAUCCCCAUCGUGUACUACGGUACCGAGCAGGCCUACUCGGGCGGUGCUGACCCCGCCAACCGCGAGGAUCUUUGGAGGACCGGCUUUAACACCGGCUCGGAACUUUACAAGGCGAUCAGUAAAUUAUCGGCCGCGAAGAAAUCGGCUGGUGGUCUUGCUGGUAACGAUCAAGUCCACCUGUACGUGGCCAGUACCGCGUAUGCUUGGAGUCGAGAAGGAGGCAAACUUGUCGUUCUCACGACUAACAGCGGACUCGGAUCGAGUGGAAACUACUGCUUCAAUGCUCGGGUUGCCAAUCGAUCUUGGAACAAUACCUUCGGCUCUGGAACUGUCACUUCGGAUGCAAGCGGAAACGUUUGCGUGACCGUUAAUAAUGGUGAACCCGUUGUAUUAGUUGCCUCUUAAAAGUCAUUCCUAGCCCGAGCAGUCCAGGGUGGACGGGUGCGGGGCGACAGUAAGAUUACAUGUAAUUGAAUCCAAUUUCAUCUUUCGGGUCCGAGAAAAAAAGUAUUGAACGCCGAUAGAUGAAAAUAAAAGGGAACAUUGUGGGUCGUUGGUAACACACACAUGAAUACCUACAUCCGUAUCUUGUAUAUUGUAUCUUGUACCUGGUAUAUUUUACUGGUACUAGGACACACAUCGG